GCCGCUGCCUGGAUACAGGCGGCCCUUCUACGAGGCGGACGCCGUCGCCCAGGCUGAAACCAUCCCCACGUCCUUCACAAAACAGUUCUCGGGAGUGGCCCCGAUCAACGAAGCUGGCGCGAGCUCCGAGUGGGCUGCAAUUUUCGGCGAUGCCGAGAGCGACGCCGCGGCGGACGCUGGCGUCGCGGCGGGCUCGGAAUGGGCUGCCAUUCUUGGUGGCCCUGGGGAUGACGACGACGGCGGCCCCGACCAGCAGCCGCGAGAGGAUGAAGUCGGUGCCGAUGCUGUCCUCGCUGCCGGCGGCGCCGCGCUCGUCCCUGCUGCUGCUGGCGGCGGAGAGCCGUUCGCCUUUGAGGCCAUCGGCCAGCCGCUGGGGUCUGCUGCGGCGCCCUCCUCCCUGGGCCAGGGCGUGGUCGAGUUUGGGGAGUUCGGCCGCGCUGCAGCUGGACAGGUGCUCUUCUGGUUGGGUGUGAAUAUGGUGUCAACGCUGUAUUUUCUCGUCUUCUGGACAAAGUCGAGUUCGUUGGUGGGCGUGGUGAGGUGGACCAACGCCAUGGAGGCAGUUGACGCCUGGCUGCUUCCUGAGUCGAUUCACGGCUUGGCCUCCAGUGUGUACCGAGCCUUUUAUGAGAAGGCCACUGGCAGGCGGGCCCCAUGCGUUGCCGUGGAGGCACCCGCUGGCGCGGAGGACCUGCCGAUGCUCCAGGAUUUGGCGGACGCGUUCGAGGGGGGCCCUAGCGGAUCAGCCAGCUAUGGCUGCCGGGCUGCCGCUGAUGCCGACAACGGGGCGGCCGAUGGCGCCGCCGAGGCGUCCAUGGCAGCUGACCCGAAGGCUAAGUUUGAGGGGCAUCAGCGCAGGUACAGAGCUUCCGCUAUCACUUGGAUUUCGUGGCCAGCCAUGCUGCCAGUUGGCUAUGUCUACAGGGCGUGCUCCGCCCCCGUCUGGAAGCUCAUGCACGCGCACCUGGCGACUGCGGGCCGAAGGUGGGGCAAACGCCAGGCGACGAGCGCUUUCAUGACUGGGCGCAGGGUUUACAGAGCAGAAGUCGCUGCCUCUCAGCAGCUCGAGAUGCAGGCGACGGCUCGGAUGACCAUGGCCCUCGUUUUGGGCCAGCAGCGUUUGCAGACCUGGAGUUUCAAGGUCAUGUUCCAAGAGGACACCGCGGCCAUCGAGGAUGGCGCGGUGGAGAGCGGCGUGGGGCAGGCAGACGAUGAGGCUGAUGCAGCGCCGCGGCCCAGCAAGCGCAUGAGGGGGAGCUGGGCUUAUCGCGCCUGGGUGCCCCAGGAGACGCGGGGGUCGGCAACUGGCUGCGCCGCCCCUGGCCUCGGCGCUAGGUUCAACCUUCUCGGCCAGGCUCAGCGGGGCGACCUCGCCCAGCGAGGCCGCGAGGCCGAAGCUGCUUGGGCGGCGGGCGGCCGCGGUUUCGGCCCGAACAAGAAGGACGUCGAGAGGGCGAACGCCAGAGAGCGGGCCGCGCGCGAGCAGCGGCGCAUGGCCGACGAGCUGCGUGCCUCUGGGGCCCUCGUCGGAUGCCCGGAGCCGAGGGAGGUGCGCGAGCUCGGGCUUGUGCCCGUCACGGCUUGGGAUGAGCAGCUGAAGCAGGUCACGUCGGUUGAGAAUCGGAGAAAUCGGAGGGCAGUGGUUCUGGACCGCUUGACCGAGGAGGCCCUCGCCACUAUCGUCUCUGAGGGGGUUGGGGCCUCCGUGAAGCAGUUGCAGGAGGCGGUCGAGUCAAUCUGCAAGAUCACACUGCACAUUCACAAGAAGUUUAAUGCUGCUGUGGUGCAGCGCUUGCGAGUGAGGACGUUGCUCCCCUGCCUUGCAAAUUCUGAUGUCGCUUAUCUGUUGACGUGCCGUUCGGAGUUGGAGUGCGAUGAUGCCAGUGCAUUGGAGCCCAGAAUCAUCGACCAGCAGAUGUACCACUGCGGCUGGCAGACGCUGGCUGCUCGAGAUUUUCACGGCUACUUCCAUAAGUUGGCGUUGGCAAGCAAGGAUGAAGUGAUUGAGUUGGGCGCUUUGUCGGCUGCUGGCGGGCCUGGGUACCCAGGUCGCGGCGCGUGGGAAUUUGUGCACCAGGUGCACUUGCUGAGGCGUCUGCGCAUGGACGUUCGCUGGUCUAUCCGUGUCUUCACUUUCAGCAAGGGCAGCCGCGUGAUUGGCCGCUUGACCCCAGCUGAUUUCAUCGUCCACGAGCUUCCCUGCGCGGAGCCCGCCAAUCGUGAGAUUGAGUUCUGGGGCGGCCAGUUCGACGCCGACGCGGACUCCAUGGACCGCCUGCGCGACGAGUGGUUCGAGGCGGAGCAGGCGGAGGAUGCAGGUGAAGCCCCGUGCCUUGCUGGCGGCGGCGCGCCUGGCGGCGGCGAGCCAGCGCCUGCUGGCAGCGAUGGCGAGGCAGCUGGCUCUGGCGGAGCUGCUGGCAGCAGCGGCGGCCCUGGCCCCAUCGACCUGGGCUCCGCGGAGAUCGACGGCGUCGACCUUGCGAGCCUCGUCGCGAGGGUCUUUCCUGGCCGCGCGUCUGGGGGGUCGCCCUCGUCUCGCGCGCCGAGGCCGCCCGACGACCCCGACGAGGCAGAUCUGGUGAAGCAUGACUUUGGCCGUGGACAAUUCACGAGGCCAGCCCACAUGGCCUCGCCCGCGUCAAGGGCUGCGCGGGACCCGCUGCCAGAGUUCACCGAGGCGGAGUCGGAUCUCCAGGCCGAGCGCAUCAAGAACAAGACACUGAAGUGGGUCCCGAAGGAGGUGACGAAGCAGAUGACCACAUUCAGGGCUCGCCUGAACCGCAAGGACCCCCCGAGCGUGCACAUUCGCAGGGGCAGGGCCUCCCAGACGAAGAAGACGGUGAUCUGUGUCAAGCAGCCCUUGACGUGCUUGCCGAAGGAGUCGCGCUACAAGGCGCCUGGGGACGGCGGGGAGCCCAAGUGCAAUUUGCCCGAUGGGGUGGGCACCCAGAAGGGCUUCAAGGAUGUCGAUGCCGUCGCGAUGGUACUCACCAAAUAUGCGGCUGACGACGUCGACAAUUGGAUUGUCUACAGCACGUCGAUGAAUGCGCCCGUCGACGACGCGGAGAUCCAGAAGCACGAGGCGGCGUUCAUCCAGGUUGCGACCGACAACGAGGACAGGUGGAAGCCCUCAGCAGAGCUGGACGGCACCUGCGAGGAGCUCGCCAAGUCGCUGCGGAGCAUGCUGCGCGCCGUCCAGAAGACGCUUUCCAGGACCACCGUGCCGGAGUGGGCCAUCCCGCACGCCAGCGUGCUCCGCAAAGCCGCGAAGGAGAUCGCCGACGACGAGGGCGAGGCAGCGAGCACGGCAGUGGGCGGCAAGGGCUCGCUCGAGGAGGCGAGCGUCGCUGUGCUGCACGGCUACUACCUCGGCUGGAGUGCCGACAUCCAGAAGAACCUCGUGGCGAGGUUCGACGAUUUCGAGUGGGAGCACCGCGACGCCGAGCAGGCCGCCACAGGCGAGGCGCUCUACAGCGCACAGGGCCCGCACGGCGCGAUCUGCCUUCGCUGGGUGAACCGCGCAGGGCCCCCUCGCAUCCUGCGCGUGACGGAGACCAGGGAGCGGCAGGGCCAGUUGAUGCAGAUGGGCGGCUGGGCGGCCGAGCACGAGAGCGCUGCCGUCGCGUGGCUCAUCGAGCAGCUCAAGGCGUAUGCGGCUGGGCGCACGACGAAGCCAGACAUGGAGAUCGCAAAGAAGGAGUGGCUGGCGAGCCACAGCGCGAGCGGCGUUGGUGACAGUGGCAGCGUCCUGGAGCGGCCAUCGAGCGCGGAGGAGGCGCAGCCCGAGGAGAGCACCGUCCUGAAGAGGCCAGCGGGUAAGCAGGAGGCAGUGGACACGUCGCCCGAGGAGAGCACAGUCCUGAAGAGGCCAGCGCGCGAGCAGGAGGUAGAUGACACGAAGCCCGAGAAGGCCAAGAAGCAAAAGCAGCAGCAACAGGAGGCAGAUGCAGCGCUGCCAGCUGGCACCGAGAUCGGCAAGACCAACAUUAUCGAGCACGCCCCAGCGCAGCCGCCAGAUCCCGUGCAGCCGCCAGCCCCAGUGCAGCAGCCAGCCCCAGUGCAGCCGCCAGCCCCAGUGCAGCCGCCAGCCUGCGCGCAGCCGCCAGCGCAGGUGCGGGCGCAGGCGCAGACUGCGCCGCCGCCCAUCCCCAUGGACGUCUGGGUAGACGCUCCAGGUGACACGCAGCCGAGCGGCAGCUCUACUCAGCAGGCGCCAUCGCAGGACGUUCGCUCCGCGAUGUCCUCUAUGGGGAGUGGCGACACGCAACUUGACGAGGAAGCUGCUCACGGGGCAGAGCAGCCAGAGAGUUCAGCAGGUCAGCCAGCGAGUUCAACAGGUCAGCCAGCGGGGCAGAGCGUGCCCUCAGCAGAGCAGCCGCCCAGCACCAUCCCGACCGACGGCGCCGAGGAUGAGCCCGAUGCGCACAAGCACGCAGCUCUCGUGGAGCGCCUCAAGAAUCAGCUUGAGGAGGCCAACAUCGCGAGGGCCAAGCUGUGGGAGGAGCGGAAGGCUCUGGAGAAGAUGAACCUCGAGUGGCAGCAGCAGCGCUCACAGGUCAUCGGAGACGCUGCUGAUGAGCCCCCAGUGGCAGAGGGCGAGGCAACGCAGGAGGGCACGAUGAUCUAUGAUGCUGAGGAUGGCAAGGAGUUGGCGACCGAGGAGGCUGAGAAGGGCAAGGGUGAGGGUGGCGCGACGAUCCCUGAGGUUAUUAAGGAGGGCCACGGAAACGGGGACGCCGUCGACAGUGACGAUGAUCAGCUGCAAAAGGUAUUCGAAGAGUCCAGGAGGUUUGCAAAGGAGCAUAAGGAGCUGGAUCAAGCAGCGGAGAAGAUGGAGAACACGUGGCUCCAGGACGUGCGCGCCCUGUCUCGGACGGCGGGCAUCGAGCUCGUGGAGCUAGCGGGCACCGACCACUUCAUGCGGGACCCACGUGGCGCCUGCGCGAUCGACGCCCAGCAAGGGGGCGGGCGGCCCUCUCUCCUCGGUCAGUGGGUCGACCGCCUGACGUGCGGCGCCGGCGCCGCGGGCUGA